AUGAAUUCAUCCCCAGACGAAUGCCAGCCCCAUCACGGCCAUGCGGGGGAUAUCUCAGAAAAAGAAGCAGAAGUGGGGAUCCUGCCCUCACAUGGCAUUUCUUUGGACAUCCCAGGUACCCAAGGCAGACCUCCUCUCAUUAAGCACCUCUCUGCUCCUGCCUACCAAAGCCCGCUCAGACACCACCGUCGACAAGCCUCGCAUCAUGUAGAAGUCAAAGAGACGCUGAAUGCGAGAUCCGAAUAUACAAACAACCAAGAAGAUGGCAAGGCGGAGCAUCGUAUCAAUCAGUACAUAAUAAAGGAUGAGAUUGGACGUGGUUCGUUUGGGGCUGUUCAUCUCGCAGUAGACCAGUAUGGCAACGAAUUCGCGGUCAAAGAAUUCUCCAAGUCACGGUUACGGAAGCGUGCACAGUCAAAUAUCCUUCGAAGACCUCAGGGCCGUAGACGACCUGGACAAUUGGCAGCUGGGUUGGGCCUCAAUGCUCCAUUGCAUCGACAUUCUGCUUCUGAUAUCCAGACUGGCGAGGAGCAGGGCAAUCCCCUAUACCUAAUCAAGGAAGAAAUCGCAAUCAUGAAGAAACUCAAUCAUCCCAACUUGGUAUCUCUUAUUGAGGUGCUGAAUGAUCCCGAUGAAGAUUCUUUAUACAUGGUUUUAGAGAUGUGCAAGAAGGGCGUGGUCAUGAAAGUGGGACUGGGUGAAAAGUCAGACCCCUAUGAUGCGGAAAGCUGUAGAUGCUGGUUCAGAGAUCUGAUUCUUGGUAUUGAGUAUCUCCAUGCACAAGGUGUUGUACAUCGUGAUAUCAAACCGGACAAUCUACUCUUAACUGAGGAUGAUGUCCUCAAGAUCGUUGACUUUGGGGUUUCUGAAAUGUUUGAGAAAUCGUCUGAGAUGAGAACCGCAAAGUCAGCUGGAUCACCAGCAUUCUUACCUCCCGAACUAUGCGUUACGAAGCAUGGUGAUAUAUCAGGCAAAGCUGCUGAUAUAUGGUCCAUGGGAGUAUCGCUUUACUGUCUCAGAUUUGGCAGGAUCCCAUUCGAAAAGAGUGGCGUUCUCGAACUCUAUGAAGCUAUCAAAAACGAUGAUCUCGAGAUAGAACCCAAUUGUGAACCAGGAUUUUGUGAUUUGAUGAGAAGACUUUUAGACAAAAAUCCGUCGGAGAGAAUUACCAUGCAGGAAAUCCGAGAGCAUUCUUGGGUUACUAAAGAUGGUACUGAUCCUCUAUUAGCCGCAGAGGAGAACACCUCCGAUCUGAUUGAACCGCCAAGUGAAACCGAAGUCAAUCAUGCCAUCACGGCUCGAAUGAGAAACCUUUUGAUGAUGAUGAAAGCUGUUAAAAAGUUCAAGAGUUUAUUAAACCAGCAUAAAAGGCCUAUAGGUUUAAGAGGAACUCUAGGGCAAGGUGUUCGCACCAUCCACCAUUCUUCUGCUGGUAGUUUGUCCGCUGUUGAUGGUACAUCAGAGCCGCACCUUCGCAAAUCGAAGAGUGCUGAUCUUCAUAAUCGUCGGAGUGUUGAACAAGCCCUUGCCGCUGAGGGUGUUCAUCAUGAGAUGAGUCCCCCUGAUAUUGAUGCACACCGGUCUAUGAGAGGCAAGGUUGAUAAAUCAGCGAUAGCUAUAGAUCGCCAUGAGGAGGACACACCAAACCCCACGCCACAAAAGUCACGUUCUGACGAAGUUCCGGCCCCGACACCCGGAAUUCUGAGAGAAAAUUCCCAUGAGAAAGGCCACGCGCACGAUCCUCUAGAUUCAGAGCCACUCUACCUUGGAAUUGGUCGUGGUGACCAAGAUGCGCCUGAAAUAACGCCUUGGGAUUUAGUCGCCGAGUCUCCAACUGCCGCAGAUUUCAGUAUCUACGAGACUGCAUACCAGCAAGAAGUCGACCGUAUCCGGGCGGCACAAGGCCAUACUGCUACAGUGUAUUUAACUCGGCGCGUCGAUAGUAAGAAGGAGUACAAGCAGGACAAGCACAUGGUCGAUGCUCCAUCAGCAGCACAAGUUGAGAGCAGCCAGCCUCAUACGGGCUUCAAACGUCUCUUAGACAAAGCAAGAGAGGAUAAACCUCCUGCUAAAGAGAAGAUGUUAGCCACUGGAGGCACAUUCUCUGACAUUGCCUCUAAAGCAGUGGCAAACUCUAAAAACCUUGGGAAAGACUUGAGUUAUAAAGGCGGCGUUGCUGUAGAUAAUGUCUUGGAAAUGGCGACGGAGAAGACAAAAGAAAUGUCUCAGGACAAGUGA